AUGGCCAACAACGACGACUCAUUCGACCCGGCCAGCAGCUCGGCCCCCGAUCUCCAGAUCCUCGGCGACGAGAUCACCCUGCAGCCCAGCGGCUAUGUCGAGCCGCAGGGUGCCGCUCACGAGGGCAAAGAGCAGGCUCUGCUCAACCAGUUUGCUUCCUUUCGCACCGAGCCGCUUCAAUUCCUCCGUGAAGUGUCUCUAUACGUGUCUGGUCAAGGAUGGCGUGCCUACGAUCGAGUGGUUGGACAACCCGUCUUCUACCCUGGCUUCUCCGACAACAUGAAGUCUUCCGUGCUCUCCGCCCCUCUGCUCCAAGAACGCAUCGCCUUGCUGGCCGAGAACCGUGUGGCCGUCGAGGAGAGGGAGGGCUUCUUCAACAAGAACCACAAGGACUAUAGCAUAAAGCGCGCACAGCGGCGGAGCGUGCUGGAAGGCGGCCUUCAAGAAGUUGCAGAGAAGCUCACCGACGACAUGAUCUGCAAGAUGGAGAGCAAGACCUUUAUCCGCGGAGCCUACUACCUCGUGACGCAACUCCUGACACGCGCUUACCACCAAGGCAUCCACGUCUCCAGCGAAGAGGUGCUUCGCCUGCGCAAGGUUGCCGAUAUCGCUGCCAAGAAGAAGCAAAGCAUAGUCUUUCUGCCCAGCCACCGGUCACACGUCGACUAUGUCUCCUUGCAACUAAUAUGCUACCGACUCGGGCUCACCCUCCCAGUCGUCGUCGCCGGGGACAACCUCAACUUCCCUCUCGUCGGGAGCUUCCUGCAGCACGCGGGCGCCAUGUGGAUCAGGCGGUCUUUUGGCGACGAUGCCCUGUACACCGCCUUGAUCCAGUCAUAUGUAGACACGCUGCUGCAGGAGGGCUACAACUUCGAGUGCUUCAUCGAAGGUGGCCGAUCGCGCACCGGCAAGCUGCUCCCGCCAAAGUUCGGCAUCCUCAGCUUCAUUCUCGACAGCAUCCUUUCUGGCCGUGUCGACGACGCCAUCAUUUGCCCCGUCAGCACCCAAUACGACAAGGUCAUCGAGACCGAGGGCUAUGUCACUGAGCUCCUGGGCAUUCCCAAGAAGAAGGAGAACCUGGCUGAUUUCCUCUCGGGCGGCUCCUCGGUCCUCUCGUUGCAGCUGGGGAGGGUCGAUGUGCGGUUCCAUGAGCCCUGGAGCCUUCGCAAGUUCAUCGAUGAGCAACUGUCGCGGCUGUCCAAAGUUCCGGCCGGCCUAGACACGGAUCACCACAACCCUGAAGUCAGGGCGGUUCGGGAGAAGAUCUUGCGCACCCUGGGCUACAAGGUCCUCGGAGACAUCAACGAUGUGUCCGUAGUCAUGCCCACGGCGCUCAUCGGCACCGUUCUCCUGACCCUCCGAGGCCGUGGGGUCGGCAAGCAGGAGCUGAUGCGCCGUGUUGAGUGGCUUACAGCCCGCACCCGUGCCAAGGGCGGCCGCGUGGCUCAUUUCGGCAACGCGCCUCUGUCCGAGAUUGUCGAUCGAGGACUGGAAGUCUUGGGCAAGGAUCUCGUGGGUGUGCUUGAUGACCUGGCGGAGCCCACCUACUUUGCCGUUGACCGGUUCCAACUCUCAUUCUAUCGCAACAUGACGAUCCAUCUCUUCAUAUACGAGGCACUGGUUAGCGUGUCCAUGUACACGCGCGUCAAACGCGGGGGCGGGCCGUCGAUGCAGGACAUUUCCUUUGAAGACCUCAAAGCACACGUGCUCUUCCUCUCGUCCUUGUUUCGCGGCGAAUUCAUCUUCUCAGGGGCAGGUCUGGCAGUCAACCUGGACAAGACGCUGCGUGGCUUGGAAGCCGACCACGUGGUGCGUCUCGACCGUGACGCCAGCGGCAACAUCACGACCGUUGGCCUGUCCAACGAGGAGCGGAAGGCGGGUCGGGAGAACUACGACUUUUACUGCUUUCUCCUCUGGCCCUUUAUCGAGGCCAGCUGGCUGGCCGCCGUGUCUCUCAUGGGCCUUACACCCCCUCUGGGUGAAAAUGGCGACAUUUGGAUUGAGCAGACAAAGACGCAAGACAGCGCGCAGCUGCUCGGCAAGACGCUCUACCACCAGGGCGACCUCUCUUACUUUGAGGCAGUCAACAAGGAGACGCUCAAGAACUCGUACACGCGCUUCGAGCAAGAUCAAAUGGUCCACGUGGUCAAGUCCAAGGACCCCAAAAUCCCGCCCCGCAUCCAGCUGGAUCCUUCGUGGCGGCCGUCUCGCGACUCCAAGACGGGAGCACUGCUGGCCGAGGGCAAGCUGUGGGACUUUACGGAGAAGAUUGCAAGUGCCCGCCGCGAGGGUAAGAACCGGCGCGACGGCGCGACGGUCAGCUCGCGCGUGCUACACCUGACGGAUCAACUGGGCCGCAGGCUGUUUGAGGAGGCUGCCGAGGGCGAAAAGGGCGGCAAGGCCAAAGUGCCGAGUCGCCUGAGCCGCGAGGACCAGGAGACGCUGAAGCGAAGCGUCCAGGAGGGGAGGCGCAGGAGGAAGCUGGACGGGAGGGCUCACCUGUAG